AUGAAACUCAACACUAUAGUUCUUCUCAUGACCGCCACUUUCGUUAAGCCCUCCCUGGGCUUCUCCUGCGAAGUGGCCCGGAACGAUAUUCCCGAGUAUGACUACUAUGGCUGCAAAUGGGUCGGAGCAGCCCCCGCAUGCGGAAGUACCGACGCUCGCCUCGGUGACUGCGAUAAAGAUGGACGGCAGCUUCUGUCCACAACAAAGGAACUUUCUAUCUCGGAGUUGUGCAAAUACAAGGUGCUGCAGGGCCAAUGCUGUGAGGAAUAUGGUAGUGGUUGUUGGAUAGGGUAUAAGAGACUUUGGUGUAAGAGUCGGUCGUGUAGGUCGAAACUGUCUGGAUUGGGAAAAUUGCAGUCUAUGGACGAGAAGAAUGAACGGGAGGAGUUUUAA